AUGGGAAUGUUCUACUCGGCAAGUUGGUGUGUUAUGGUGAUGGUGGUACAUGUAUGCCCACAGUACACACUAGCACAAACUACACCUCCACAGCCCCCUUCUAUGCCCGUUUCUACCUCUGGAGGGGUAUCAAUGGGUACAACAGGAGUUACCCAGUCUCCUUCAUCUGAAUCCUUCUCAACAUCACCUGUUGUAAAUGAGAAUGUCAUCGAUCUUGACUCUGUUACGGAACUGGAGCUUGCUGGAGUUCUGAUGGACCUAUGUACCCAUCGACACCUAUGCAGAAGUCUUGGUUGUCACUUUCAGCCGUUUGAAGAUUUCAAUCGCACUUGGGCUGCUCCUCUCUGCCAGUGUGAUCCAGAUUGUGUCUUCUUUAAUGACUGCUGUCAAGACUACAAAGAAAGUUGUGAACCAUGGACUGUUAGUGAAGAUUUGUCUUCUUAUUUGACUGGCUUGAAGCUUGGUGAUACAAUUACCUGUUAUCAUGAAGAAACCAGAAUUCCACUGGAAGUUAAGAAGGGCUACUACAUUAUAGCCACUUGCCCCAAUGAAGGUCCGGUGCAUAAUGAACAGACUCAGUCUCUAUGUGAGCACAUUGACAGCGAGGAUUUGUUGUCGACCAUUCUUGUCUCUGGAGUGAAGUAUAACCUUCCCUAUAGGAAUGUAUACUGCGCCCUCUGCCAUGGGGAAGACUUAGUCAACGUGGAUGCGUGGCCUUUGAACAUAGAAUGUGAAUUUCAGGACAUAUCUGAUGAAGCUCUGAAUCUCCUGUCCAACUCUACCUCCAAUGCCACUUUGAGUUACAUUCGAAAUACUCUGGGAUGUAUUGUUCAACCGAAACCUCCAUACCUGACCUCGACAAUCCUCAGGGCUUGCUUUCUCAACGUUUAUGAGUCCUGCCCAGAAGGCCAUGGACUUGCUGAAGCCUGCGCUUCAUACACAGCCUUCGUUCUCAUUCCUUUACUGUUCCUUCAAAGUAAGAACCCACACUGUGCUUCAUGUCAGAUCAACCAAUCACUGUUUAUACACUGUGCCGAGUAUUACCCCAUCCUCCUGCCAGUCCUGUUCACACCUUACGACCCGCCGGGACCACCCAAUGAUUCAGGAAUUCCACCCAUCUCAAUUGUCCUGGAUUUCCGAUCUGGAGGCAAUGUCAAGCUUAUUAGGCAACGAGAGGUAGUUUUUGAAGAACAGGUGGCUUGCCUUCCCAAUGAGGUGUUUAAUCCGUUCCUCAAAACAUGUCGAAAAUUGUCUUGUCUUAUAGGAUAUGUUCUGAAAGAGAACGAAUGCAUCAAAAGCGUCACGCCUACAAUUCACAUUGAUCAGGACAUUGUGAUUUAUAUCCACAUCACGUCAUGCUCAUCAGAAACCAAGAAGGGUACUCAAAAGGCUGUUAAAAGCUGCCUCGCCGGGCUGUUGGAUGAUAAUGAUCAAAGUCUGUUUGAGCAAUCAGUUAUUGUCCCGGAAACGAUCCAAGCAAACUGUUCCCAUGGUAAGCAACAGAAGUCCUCUAACGCAUUCAUGAUUCAAUCAACCUUGGAAACAUUUAUGAACUUUCGUCAGAAAAUAGGAGUGGUUGAAGGAUUGUUUUGCCCAUACUUGCCCAUACAGAUUAUUGCCUUUGAAAUCAUUUAUCAUGGAGUUAACUUAUCUCUCAGUAAAUGCAAUGGGCGAUGGAUGAGUGAAACCCAGUUCCACACGGAUGGGUCAGGUUUAGUGUACAUAAAUGAAUCCGACUCGUGGUAUGCAGCCAACCAAACGCUACAACGAGAGGUUUUCAUCCAUGAGGAGCUAUCCAGCGACUUGAAGCAAUCUGGUAGUCUUCAGCUUUGCCUCAAUCCUGAUCUGUCCUGCUUAUUAGAGACACUCAACAGUUCCUUAUUUCUCCACGAUGAUCUAAACAAUAUUCUUACAUACAUUCCAACCGGGGAAAUGUACAGUCGAGACCAAUACAUAGAGACAUGGAGUGGACAAAUCCAAGUUUGUUCCUUUAAUGAGCGGAAUGGAACUCGAAACACAACUAGAAUCAUAACCUUCUUUGAAUACUCUCAACCUCAGCAGAUUCUUAGUCUAAUCCUUAACAUCAUAUCAAUGCUUGCUGCUCUAAUUACCUUUAUAACCUACUGUGUCUUUAAGGAGCUUAGAAACCACACAGGUUAUCUGAUAAUGAACUUUGUUGGCACUCUCUUUAUGGCACAACUGUUCCUUUUGUUCAGUGGAGUAGCGACCCUUCAUCCAACAGUCUGCACUACUGUUGCCGUUUUAGCCCACUACCUUCUGUUGGUCAACGUCUUGUGGACUGGUGUCCUAGCAUUCAAUUUCUAUCGAACAUUUACCAACCAUUUAAUCACAUCCCGCAACACUAACAGCAAUAGUUCCAUGGCAUCUAUGGCAUUUGCCUGGGGUAUUCCCAUUCUGAUCAUCCUUCCCUGCUUGAUCCUACACCUUUGCGACUGCACCGACGUCCCGCUGUGGUACGGCAAUGAGAAUGUCUGUUGGAUAGGGAAUGAAUACAACAACAUCGCUGUUGUUGGAGUUCCAACUGGGGUUGUUAUUUGUGCCAACGUCAUUUUGUUUUCCUUCACUGUCCACGGGAUCCGCAAAACAAACAAGACAACAAAAUUGGUUCAUAAUACCUCUACAAUGCAACAAGUGAAAAAGGAACUCAUCAUUUACAUUAAGAUCUCCAGUCUGAUGGGUUUCAGCUGGAUCAUUGGCUUUGCAGCAGCUUUCACUGAUGUGAUUUUACUCUGGUAUAUCUUCAUCAUUCUCAACUCUUGUCAAGGUCUUCUGGUCUUUCUCUCCUUCGUCUGUAAGAUCAGCAUCUGGAGACGCUGGAAGACUUUCAUCUCGUCGUGUCAUCAUCGCUGUCAUCGGGAGAAUGAAGAUCCUGCCAGUGAUCGUAUUGGCAUUGCGGUGGAUGUUCAUUUAAAACCAGAAACAACAGCUAAGACUUGUACCACUGGCAUUUGA